AUGCGAGAUUGUGAAAUUUUGGAAGUGGAAAUUUUUACACUUGAGAUAGGUUUUCGCUCAUUCAUUCCAUCUGCUUUCAGAGUGUCUCACUAUCGGGUGAUGCCGUCAGCGAACGGAGUAUUAUCAAAACUGUUAUGCUCGUGCUACAAAUCGAAAGAGUCGCGGAAAAUCAAUGACGAUCAGGAAACUGAUCGCUAUGACGUUCCAGGCAAAGAGGAGUCCAGGGAACCGUUACGGAAAUCCCUACCCAAGCCGGAGAACGGCGGUCGUGAGACGGAGGUUUUGGCAGAGGAGGUGACUGCGCCCAUCGUCGAGGAGAUCUACAAUGAUCAGGUACGUCCCUAUUUUUUGAAGCUAUGUUUCCAUUGGUUGCAAAGUAUAUAG